CGUCCGCCUCUACCAUAUCGUGACAUUCCAUGCUUACAUUUUCCUUGAUUCGUUUACACAAGGCCUCACCCUGUCCCACAAGUAACCCGUAAACCAGUCGACAGGGAGCACAUACAGCGUUAUAAUGUAACCAGCUACCGAUCUCGAUCAACUCUAGUAACCAGUGCCUACCUUUAACUCUGUCCAUUGACCAGUAUACAACAGGGAGUGGACCUCCACCUUCACAGGGAAUAUUUUCUUUCUGACGGGACUUGACCUGACAUGUAUGCAACCAUUGUUUUAAUCUACAAUAAAAGAAAACAACAACAGCAAUCUAACUCGACCAAAACGUAACAAAAUUCUAAGAUUUAAAAUUUAAUAAAGGGACAUCUCCAAAAAAAGGAAGUAACCACAACAACGAGACUUCAUCACAACUUUGGAAAGCAACUCUAACUACUGAUUAUCACUUCAGCUAAGAAUAUUUUCUUUCUGACGGGACUUGACCUGACAUGUAUGCAACCAUUGUUUUAAUCUACAAUAAAAGAAAACAACAACAGCAAUCUAACUCGACCAAAACGUAACAAAAUUCUAAGAUUUAAAAUUUAAUAAAGGGACAUAACUCCAAAAAAAGGAAGUAACCCCAACAACGAGACUUCAUCACAACUUUGGAAAGCAACUCUAACUGCUGAUUAUCACUUCAGCUAAGGUAUGGACUUCAAUUAAGGAACAUAACUCCAAAUAAGGGACGUAACUCCAAAUUAAGGAAGCGACUCCGUCUCAACGAAUAAACAUACCAGUUUUUUGUGGAAUAAGUUGCGGAAAAAUGAAAAUUACGAACGCUUUUGUGAUACUCUACCUGAAGAUGUUCAAGAAGAAAAUUUGUAGAUUAAUGCCAAUAGGUCUUCUAACUAUUUCCAUGAUAUAUGUUGUGUAUCGCGCGCAGCGGGAUGUCCAAUGGGUGCUUAAAAGCUUACUGGAGGUCGUACCAACGAAUGUCAUCACUGCAAUGGUGCCGCCGUCAACAACAGCUCCUAAUACGACCAUUACAACAACAGAAAUACAAACUUCAACUUCUGUUGUGUCAACUGCCAGAACUGAAAUUCAUUUCCCAUUAGAUAUAGAUUUAGAAAAAUAUGUCAGAGACAAACUUGAAAAGAAUAUUACCAUCCCGGUGAAACCCAUUAAUGAACACAACUUCACAUAUAUACACCGUCCAGCAAAGUGCAAGUUUACCAGGACAACCGAAGACAAUGUCACAUUACUGAUUCUUGUGAAAUCGAGCGUCAGAAAUGUGUUUUUACGAAAUGCCAUCCGGGACACCUGGGGUCAGGAUCUGAGUGGAAAUGUUAACCUUAGAUUUAUGCUAGGUUACUCGAUAUCGUUUGUAGAAACUACAAAAGCGGAGGCUGAAACAUAUAAUGACGUCAUCGUCGAAAACUUUGUGGAUUCCUACCCGAACAACACGCUGAAGACUAUCAUGGGGUUCACUUGGGCAGUGACUGAGUGUUCUGAUGCAAGUACUAUUCUAUUUAUAGACGAAGAUCACUUGCCACGCUUGAAUAAUAUAUUGGCAUACUUAAGGUCAUUAAAUCGGGAUCAACUUGGGUCUUUGUUCAUUGGGUACAGGCUCAUAUCAGGGCGUGUAUACAAGGGCAAACACCACUGGGCCAUACCAAAGUCGGUAUACCCUUACAAAAAAUGGCCUCCAUAUUUGAGAGGCGGGGCUUAUCUUGUAUCACAAGAUAUAGCAAAACAAUUUUCGAUUGCUUUUCCUUUCGUCAAGUACCUUCAUGUGGAUGAUUCAUAUCUUGGUAUAAUAGCAUUAAAGCUGAACAUUAAACCACAGCACGAUACUAGAUUUAUGAUGGUAAAAAAGAAACUUCAGAAAGAAAAAACACAUUUUGUAUAUAAUGACUAUAAACAGCCUGGCGAGUUGAAAAGGGACUGGAAGAUUAUCAAAGACAAUGCAUAAACAAGUCAAUGAAAGACAAUGUUUUGAAGAGUGCCAUAGACCCUUUGUGUGUGUAUGAUGGAAAUUGUAAGUGUGGUCCACUUGUUGUGGAUCUGUAUUUUGAACUGUUCACUUAUAGUGCAAUAUCAGCAAAACCCCUCAUUCACUACUGCAUAAAAACUGACGAACCCAAACCAGACUUGAACAUCAUCUAUCGCAAUAUAGACCAGUGUUAUAAGACAAAGUGUCAUCCGUAGGAAAAUAAAUAAAUACCCAAGUCAUAUUUUAAGGUAGAAUUCCACAGUGUAACGAUUCUAUGUUAAAGACUUGCUCAUUAACCUGAAGAAAAGCAAACUCUCUGAUUAUAUUUCUGUAAUUCGUGCUCUGAUGAUAAAGUUAUCCCUAUAUUUCGGCAGUAGAAAUUUACGGGAGAAAUUGAUUGAAUUGAAUAAAUACCUAAUGCUAUUUAAAUCAAUGAAAGAUUUAGGGAUGUCGGUUAAUUAUUAUAAGACUUGGAAAUUUUCUGCAAUCUGAUUGGUCGAGAUCUGCUUUGCUGAACUGUAUAUAUUCAUUUUAACACCUGAAAGUUUACUUCUCAUAUAACAUCCUCGAUAUCCAGGGGGUACGCUCACUUUCGUGCUCUGCAGCGAAAGUGAGCGUAACCCCUGGAUAUCAUUUUAGCACAAGUGCGUACCUGGCAGUAUAAUAGCAUGGGUUCGUAUCCAAAAAUAAAACAGGGAUUUCCCAAAGUUUCCAUUGUUGAAAUAAUCAUUUGAGAAGAAAAUCAAUAUCGUUAAAAUGGUUUUAUUUUAGCUCCACCAAGUAAUGCCAUGGCGCGGUGUCCGUUUAGUCAAUUUUAAGCUCACCUGGCCCGUUGACCGUUGACCUUUCCGAGGAAUUUGGUCUGGAGCAUCUUUGGCAAAAGGGUUCUCAAUUUUGGAUAAACGGAGAGUA